GGCGCUUUCUGCAGCAGCAUGCAUGCAUGUCCGUAGACGUCAUUUGAUUUUAAUGGCCUGCAGGAAAUUUGGCGUUACAACUCCAGACAUUAAGACAGGAGAGGGAGAGAGAGAGUGAAAGGGGGAUAGGAGGAACACUGAAAGAUAUCAGUUCAAGGAUAACUCUGCGUUUUUUACAUAUUUCCUUUUUUAACCUUAGACAUUAUCAACAAGUUAUGAGUUAAGGAAUAUGGCGGCUCGCUUGGUUUUAAACUUUCCAUCCAGGCUGGAGAUUGAGAAGCCUUCCUGUUAGCUGGACUGCCUGAGGACUUAUUUCAUCAGACCAAAUGACAAUGAUUAAAAUCUGCUCCAUCUAAAUUUGAAUCACUCACUUCCCUGUUUGGAUUUCUACCGUUUUUUUCUAAACCACAACUUCAUGCCGCUCCACUUUUUCCAUCCAAAAAAAAAAAGAGAGAAGUUUUUCUAUCUGUGAACUCAUAAUUUGAGGUAUAGAGGGGUAUCACGUUCUCUUCCUUGAGAAAAUUGCUCAGGCGAGAGAGUGGAGUUGAGCUAAUUGUAGCCUAAUCCCCGGCCCAGAGGCGCUCGGGCAGCCCGGAGCGAGAAUCAUCUUUUUUAGCUCUGCUCUGUUAUUUAGAGAAGGAUUAUUGGCUUUCUUUCCUCUCAUAACAAACCACAGGGGCAGUUUUCAUUUAGGCAAAGAGAAAAAAAAAAGACAGACAAGAGGCAGGAGGGAAAAACGGGAGCGGGAUUCCAACAAGAGCGCACAUUUUUACGCGUUUCCGAAUCAGAGCAGUGAAGGGGGGAAGGAGAUCAUCCUCAUCUAUGUUCAAGGAGGGAAGAAGCAUGUCACGGCUGUCUCUGACCCGGUCCCCGGUCUCUCCCCUGGCCGCUCAGGGGAUCCCUCUGCCGGCUCAGCUGACCAAGGCGAACGCCCCCGUGCACAUCGACGUCGGAGGACACAUGUACACCAGCAGCCUGGCGACCCUCACCAAGUACCCAGACUCCAGGAUCAGUCGCCUGUUCAAUGGUACCGAGCCCAUCGUGUUGGACAGCUUGAAGCAGCACUACUUCAUAGAUCGGGACGGCGAGAUCUUCCGCUACAUCCUGAGUUUUCUGAGGACCAGCAAACUGCUCCUUCCAGAGGACUUUAAGGAUUUCCACCUGCUGUAUGAGGAGGCCCGGUAUUACCAGCUGACGCCCAUGAUCAAGGAGCUGGAGCGCUGGAAGCAGGAGCGAGAACAGCGGCGAAUGGCACAGCCCUGCGACUGCCUGGUUGUCCGGGUCACACCUGACCUGGGUGAGAGGAUCGCCCUGAGCGGAGAGAAGAUCCUCAUAGAGGAGAUCUUCCCUGAGACUGGGGACGUUAUGUGUAACUCUGUCAACGCUGGCUGGAACCAGGAUCCAACGCAUGUCAUCCGCUUUCCCCUCAACGGCUACUGCAGGCUCAACUCUGUCCAGGUUCUGGAGCGUCUUUUUCAGAAGGGCUUCAGUGUGGCGGCGUCGUGUGGAGGCGGCGUGGACUCAUCCCAGUUCAGCGAGUACGUGUUGUGUCGUGAGGACCGGCGGAGCCUCUCAAUCAACACCCCUAUCAGGAUAAAACAGGAACCCCUGGACUAGAGAUUUUUAUGGGGGGGGUGAGAAGGACCCUCCUCAUUAUUCUUCUCCACCUCCUCACUCUCCAUCUUUUCCCGUCGCCUCCAUCUUCACCUCCUUCCCCUUCUCUGCCCCAGCUGGACCACAGCCUCCCCUCCAAGAACAUAAAUAUCAGCAGAGGUGUUCAACCUGACCAGCUCUGCUGAACUCCACGGGGAAUGUAGGACCAAACAAAGGAGGAAAGCAUAAGCAGCAAAAGUUUUUCCGUUCUGUUUGAAAAAUACCCAAAGAAUCUGUUGGACCGUCGGGUGCUUCAGCUUUCUGUUUUUUAGCACAAAUUUACGGACUGAUUCUCCCAAACAAAGAAAACAAUGAAGAGGAAUGGAAACCACCUCUCUUGUCCAGGCCUGUUUCUGUUGGAUCAGGGGCCUGCUGUGGUCCAGGAAAGCUUCGGAUGAUAUCAAGGAUGUCAAGUUAAGGACAUAAUCAUUUUGUGAGGCCCUGAAUCCCCAUGACCCUUUCAAACCUCAGCGGAUUCAGCAUCGUUUGUUAAAUGGUUUCUACGUUUUCUUCCCUCGCUUUGCUGUUUUUUAUCAUGACAUGGUGUAAACAAUUAUUACUAAUAGGAUUAUUUUAAUGUCUCUUCCCACCCCCCGUCUCUAAAAAUGAAGGAUGUACGAACAUUGUAUUCAUUAGGCUUCGAAAGCUUGCAAAGGGAGCGUUUCUUGGCAAUGGCUGCAGAAACUCAGAUGUCUGCAGGCUAUGUGGCAAAAGCAAUAUGACUGGCAAUGAAAAUCGGAGCCAGAAAAAGUCCCAUUGUUCCAACAGGGAUAGAAGAAAGAAAAAAAAAACUCGACGUUUCCAUAAUUUUAUAGUCAAAUGUGUUGCGCACAGAAGAAAGGAAAGCAGCUGUAGAAUUUCUGCUUGUUUGCUCCAAAACAUGUAGUGCCCCUUUUGUUUUUGGCCAAACCUGCUGUUUCAGAUAAUCAAACAAGUUCCAAUAUCAGAGCAAAAGUAUGAGUGAAGGAAAGAAAGAGUCACUGUGUGUUUCCAACACAAACAACUAAGGGCGAUUUAUUAACUUUUGGGUUGUUUUACUUGUUAAACUCUGGCCUGACUAGAGACAGACCUGUUGCUAUAAGAAGACCUGUCUGACUAUAUGAAGUAGGUGAUAAGCUCUAAGACAUCAGGCCCUUAUUUGAUGAAAUGUUAGAACAAAUAGGAAAUGUUUUCACAAUUAUCACUGAGAAACUAGAGCUGAGACAUUUUUUUCUCAAAUGAAUGAAUUUUGUUCUCUGCAGCAUCAUGAUGGGCCACUCGGCUUGUUCUCCAUAACGUCUGGCUUGGUGUCUGUGCUGUGAUUGGACAGGAUUUAAAUAGGGUGGUUUUAGGUUGGAAAAGCGGAGACUCCUCGUGUAUCUGUCCAGGUUGACACCAAGUUUUUGCGAUCUUUCCAAACUUACACCUUGAGCUCUUAUUACUGUCUGCUGUACGUUCAGCUCUCUGCCAGCCCUCAGUCCAUCUUCAGCUCUGGAAGUAAGAACACUUUAAGACUUUUUUUUUGUUCUUGCCACCAAAAGAACAAAAAAAAAAAGUCUCGCUUCUCAUAGAGUAUGUGGCGGCAUUUACCAUUUAAAACUUAAUCAACAUCAUCAUCCAGAAGUGACAAAAAUGUGGCACAGAGGGGAACCCUAGGAGCUCUUGGGCUGAAAAAUAAUAACACAUUUAGCAGGUUAUAAAACAUCACAAUGUCUAAAGCAUGACAUGCCAAACAUUUAGGGUCAGUGUUCGAGAUUUAACAUCAGAAAGGAAACUUGGAAGAAGAAAUCCAUUGUUGACAUUGUUACAUUUCUUACAAAAAACAUUUAAAUUUGCAAAACUGUGAAAUGAUGAGACCAAAAGGCAUGUGUUGUAAAAUGGGCAAAACACCUUGAGGGUACCAUGUUUUUUUUUUCUCUCAAGCAGAAAUCCUGAAGGAAAAUUUCCAGCUGUAUGUCUGGAACCUUAAAGUAAAUGUUUCAGCAGGCUAAUAAUCCCGACCACAAAUAAUAACCCGAGUUAUUAUUUUUAAUAUGUAUAAGUUGCAACUCAGAUGCUUGCUUCCAACAAGUUGUUUGUACUCACAAAACCUACAGAGAGGCUGGAUGAAAAUAUUUCUGCCAUGAAACGUGGAGUGGGAAUCCUCUGCAGUUAUGGAAAAGGAUGGAUUUAUUUCCCUUUAUAAGACUAAAAUCUUUGUUUUAAAAACAGAUUUUUGUAAUUAGUUUGCUCAUCUGAAAAAUUUAAGUGUGCCAAAAAGAGUUAAAAGAGGAAAUCUCUUUAAGGUAGGAAAUACUUUUGAAUGGAUUUUCUUCUGUUUUGCAGCUUUUAGGUUUAUAAUUCAGGU